GUAAUGAGACCGCGGAGUCCGCCUGCUACGGAGUGAAGCUGCUGCCCCGUCAGCCCCCUUUCGCGACGCGGCUUCCUGCUUCCGCGUCGGCCGCGAAGGGAUGGGGACUCGCACUCGGAGUCUCCGCGGGGACUCCCGACCAUGAAAGGCAGGGACUCGGCAGGGAGCUCAGCACCUGCCGCCGCACGGGGACCGCUUGGCGCGGGCGGGCGGGCUCCGCCUAGCUCACUGCUAUGGACAGUGCGAUCACCUUGUGGCAGUUCCUUUUACAACUCCUCCAGGAGCCUCGGAACAAGGAUAUCAUUUGCUGGACCUCCAAUGACGGAGAGUUCAAGCUGCUGCAGGCGGAAGAGGUGGCCCGCCUCUGGGGGAUCCGUAAAAACAAGCCCAGUAUGAACUACGACAAACUCAGUCGUGCUCUCAGAUAUUACUAUGUGAAGAACAUCAUCAAAAAAGUGAAUGGCCAGAAGUUUGUUUACAAGUUUGUGUCUUACCCGGAGAUUUUGAAUAUGGACCCCUUAGCGGUUGGCAGGAUUGAGGGUGAUGCCGAGUCUCAGGCGGGCUUGAUAGACGUUAGCAAUGCUGCAAAGGACGUGGAGAACUGUGGGAAGGAGAAGCCUCAGCCCUGUGCAAAGUCCUCCAGCCGCAAUGAUUACAUCCACUCAGGCCUAUAUUCUUCAUUCACUUUGAACUCCCUGAACUCUUCCUCUUGUGUAAAACUCUUUAAGCCAAUCAAUAUGGAGAACCCGACUGAGAAACCGGUGGAGAGGAAAGGUCCUCAGGAUCUGACACCGUCGGUCAUAAAAUUUGUGACCGUGUCCUCCAAAAAGCUUUCGAUCUCCCCCCUCGCCUCUACUGCUCAGCCGCCCUCUACUCUGUCAGCUGCUUCCACUCUCCCUUCUGGCUCAGAUGAGAGUCUCCAGGCUUUGGAGUCCCUGGUAACACCGAAAGCUGAGACGUCCACAUCCUUGCCAUGCUUGACCGCCAAUUUCGCCCCUACGCCUCCCGCAGCCUCCAUUUCUCCUCCUCUCCAGGUUCCUCCCAGGUCUCCUUUGCCACCUUUAAGUUCUGAUCUGGCUAUAGACACAGAUCCUGAGCCUGUGUCGUGCCAGCAGCUGGAACAUUCUCAGAACCAAGUCUUGGAGUUCAAAGAGCAGGGUUCUUCCAUGCUAGAAAAGGAGUUUCGUCAUAGCCGAACUAGAAAGCCUAAAGGGCUGGAAAUUGCUCCCACUCUGGUCAUUACUGGCAGUGACCCAAGUCCGCUGGGGAUACUAAGCCCUUCUCUCCCUACUGCUUCUCUUACACCAGCACUUUUUUCACAGACGCCUAUUUUGCUGACCCCAAGCCCCUUGCUCUCCAGUAUCCAUUUCUGGAGCACUCUCAGUCCAGUUGCCCCUCUCAGCCCAGCAAGAUUGCAAGGUGCUAACACCCUUUUCCAGUUUCCAUCGGUGCUGAAUACUCAUGGACCAUUUACGAUUUCCGGAAUGGACGGGCCCUCCACUCCUGGGCCUUUCUCCCCAGAUUUGCAGAAGACAUAGGUGGCCCACCAGAUGCUCAUGGGAAACCAGCAAGCAGGUUCUCUGCCCUAUUGUAGACAAUACUGAACUGGUGCUCUAGCUGAUGGCCCUGAGAAUCAGUGUCCUAAGCACUGACCAACAGAAAGCUUAUGCCCAGCAGGGCGUUGGUGGAUUUUGCACACUUACCGACCCU